AUCUUCGACCCCACGCUCAACUUUUGCGUUCACCAAACCCCACGACAUGCCCACACUCACCCCGCCGCAGCCCCCGCCUGCGUGGAACCACACCGCGGGGGACAUCGCGAGGCUCACAAAGGAGGCGAUCGAGAAGGAUCGCAAGCUCGAGGAUAAGAUCGCAGCUCUCCCGCAUGAACAGUGCAAUUUCGAGUCGGUGGGCAACCUGUUCCUCCCUCUAGCCCACGGCGAAGCCGAAUUCGAGGCCGUCACAGAGCCGCUGUCCUUCUACCAAAACGUCUCCCCGUCCAAAGAGCUCCGCGAUGCCUCGAACGACGCGGAAGUCCAAGUGCGCGACUACGGCGUCGAGUCUUCGAUGCGUCUCGAUGUCUUCCAGGCCAAGGUCGCCGCGGAGAAAAACAUCAGGGCUUCUGGGCGCACGCUCGCCGCGGAGGAGCAACGUCUGGUAGACAAGAUGCUCUUGGACGGCAAGCGCGCGGGCCUCGCCCUCGAGGAGAAGGAGCGCACCGAGCUGACCGAGCUGAAGAAGGAGCUCUCGCAGGUCUGUUUGGAAUUUAGCAAAAACUUUAACGAGGAAAACGGUUCUAUUGGCUUCACCCUUGAAGAAUUAAAAGGUGUACCGGCGGAUGUUGUCUCCGGCUACACGAAGCGCACUGAAGAUGGCAAAGAGCUGUAUGACGUGACGCACAAGACGCCCGACAUCUUCCCCCUCUUCAAAUACGCAGAGAACCCUGACACACGCAGACGCGCUCACGAGAGCUAUGAGGCUCGGUUGGAAAUCAACGCUCCGCUCCUGACUCGCGCCCUCGAUCUGCGCCGCAAGAUUGCGGCUCUCCUCGGGUACAGGAACUGGGCAGACUACAUUACGGAGGUGAAAAUGAUCAAGAGUGGUGCUGGUAUUGAAUCUUUCCUGGCUGAUCUCGAACAAAAGUUGCGUCCUGUCGGCACAAAGGAGCGCCUAACAUUACUCGGGCUCAAGCAAGAGGAGUGCAAGGCCAAGGGCCUGCCGUUUGACGGCGAGUUUUACAUCUGGGACUACCGGUACUACGACCGCAAGUUCAUCGAGGAGAGCCUCGCCCUCGACGACUCGCUCGUCAAGGAAUACUUCCCCGUCGGGGUCGUCGUGCCCACCAUCCUCGAGAUCUACCAGAACCUGCUCGGUGUCCGCUUUGAAGAGGUCAAGGGCGAUACAUGGCACCCCGAGGUGCAGAUGUUCGCGGUGUGGGAGCAAGGCGCGAAAGACGAGAGCGGGUUCGUGGGCUACUGCUACCUCGACCUCUUCCCGCGCGCAUCGAAGUACUCGCACGCGGCGGUCUGGGGACUGCUCCCGGGCUACACGCUGCCCGACGGCAAGCGCAGCUACCCGCUCGCGGCGAUGGUCGCGAACCUCGCCAAGUCGACGCCCGAGCGCCCCGCGCUUAUGCGGCACGACGACGUCGUCACGUUCUUCCACGAGAUGGGGCAUGUUUUCCACGGCCUGCUUAGCAGCACGCGGUUCGCGCGGUUCCACGGGACGAGCGUCGCGCGUGACUUUGUCGAGGCGCCGUCGCAGAUGCUGGAGAACUGGUGCUGGGAACCGAAGGUGCUCGCGAAGAUGUCGAGCCAUUAUGAGACGAAGAAGCCUUUGUCAGAUGAGCUGAUCGAGAAGAUCGUGAAAAGCCGCUACGUCAACGUGGGCUUGUUCUACCUACGGCAGCUCUUCUUCGCCAAGUUCGACCUCAAAGUGCAUACAGACAAGGACGCGACGGAUUACACGGCGCUAUGGAACGACCUGCGCACGGCCGUGUCGCUUGUGAAAGGUGGCAAGCAAGGGGCGGGCCAGGGCAGUUUCGGUCACAUCGUGGGCGGGUACGACGCCGGGUACUAUGGGUACACUUACUCGCUCGUGUUCGCCGCGGAUAUGUACGCCACCGUGUUCAAACAGGAUCCGCUGGACCCUGCCCUCGGGCAGCGCUACCGGGAGAGCAUCCUGAAGCCUGGAGGGAGCAGGGAGGAGACGGACUCAUUAAAGGAGUUCCUCGGACGGCCAUCGAACUCGGAUGCGUUCUUGAAGGAGCUGUUUGGGAGCUCUGGGGCGAGUGCGAAUUUGUGAGUGGGGGAGCGGUAGAAUUGCGUGGCAUUUUGUAUGGGAACAAGGACAUUAUCUUAGGGGUGUUCCUACGUA